AUGAGGUGGGAUGAUUUGCUGCGCGCUGCGCUUGACAUCUUCAAGUCCACCCGCGACCCCAGCUGGCCCGAAGAUCCCAAGCUGUACUUGACGCCGCUCAAAAGUUCAAAAUUCCGCACAACAACAGCGACAGGUGGGGGGAAUAUCGGCUUUUAUGGGACAUGGAUAAAUCCCAUUACCCUCGCCUCUCUCGAGACCAGUGAUUUGUACCUUGGUGACACAAGCGAUGUUGUGGACAGCAGAUCGAUGCUCGUACUCGUGGUAUCGAACUCAAUUACUAGUACGAAGAGUGUUAAGAAGAUCGGGGAGAAAUAUCACAAAGAGCUGGUUGAGGAUAUCAUUCUCAUAUUCGUCCUCGCCCCCCUACUAAUUCCUGGCGUGGGAGAGCUAGCGAACGAGGCGGGAUUGGCCGCCAUCGCGAUCACGUCGAGGGCCAUUGGUGCCGCCGGCGAUGUAGGUUUAAGCAUUUAUGGUAUCGCGAGGGCGAAGGAUAGUGGACCUACUGGAAUUCCCCUUGCUAUUCUGGAUAGACUUGAUGUUCUCGACAUGGUGAAAGCUCCUGGGCUUUUUGCGAAGGCGGCAAAGGCGAGAAGAGCAAUGACCCCCGAGCAUAUUGCGACAUUGGGAGGCGAGGUCAAGAGCGGAAUGGCCCGAAUUGAUAAAUUAAAGCAACUCUGCCGUUAG